GUUAAGGCCCCCUCAGGAACAUUUCAAGGAACAACUUUGAUUUCUAGAAGUGGGCGGGCCUACAGUGCAUUUCUCGGAAUACCUUAUGCCAAGCCACCAGUUGAAGACCUGAGGUUCAGACCACCAGUACCCGCAACUGAUUUAGGUACAUAUUUCAUUUCGAUAUAUUGUUGAAGGCUUGCCACUUGUUAUUUUCAAAAUAUUACUUAGCACUAAAUUUGAAGUCUCACAUAAUCUGGGACACAAACAUAGUCUCAUAUAUUGGAAACAAGUAAAACAAAUUUUCGAAAAAACCCAUACAGUGUUAGUUUAUACCAUUUUCUCAGACAAACGGGCAAUAUAAUGCUCUGAGACUUAAAGGCUAUAUCAUUUUCUCAGAUGAACAAGCAAUAUCCUAUUCUGAGACUAACACUGCAGACCAUACCCUAAUUUAUGAGGGACUAAAUUCAAACCCUUGUCUCAUACUGACAGAUUUGACCAAUCACCAUAGGUUUUUAAUGGCAGGGUUUACCAUAUUCCUAGACUUGCAUGAUGUCUAUUCAUAUAUCUUUUCAGAUAGUGUCUAUGAUGCAUCAGAAUUCAAACCAAUUUGUAUCCAACUCAAUCUUUUACCUGGUGGUCGUGAUUUUGGUCCCGGGGAUGAGGACUGCCUUUAUCUUAACGUUUAUGCGCCAGAAUCUGGUGUUUCAAAGAAAGGAGAACAAAAAAAGGUGGAGAGGAAACUUAUUUAUUUUUCAUAUAAAAAAGAAACAUUCAGUGGCAUGUCUUGACCUUAUUGACCUACAGGACAAUCAUAAAUAGGUGUUGGAAUACCAGUACUUAAAUUAGAACUUUAAUUUUUUCUGUAGGUUAUACUAUCAAUAAUCAUUGGUGGGUCCACCUCAUCUGUUACUACAAUGUGCUUUUGAAAACUAUUUAUACCUAAACUUUGUUUGAAUCAAAAAGUUUCUUUACAUCACAUUCUCCUAAUUCAGGUGUUUGUGUUCAUACACGGCGGAGGUAAUCUCGAGGGCUUCACUAAUAUCUACAUCCCUGGCCAGUUGGUGACAGAGCAAGACAUCAUUGUGGUCACUAUCAGUUACCGCCUGGGAUAUCUUGGUUUUCUCAGUACACUGACCCCCAGCUGUGAGGGUAACUUUGGCCUGAAAGACCAGCUGUUGGCAAUAUCUUGGGUCAAGGAAAAUAUUCUUGCUUUUGGUGGUGACCCAAAUGACAUUACAGUA